AUGAAAGAAGAAUCUUAUGGUGUCCCUGGAAAAACAGGAACAUUGUUCUCAGUGAAGCUGGAAAAUAGUGAACAAUCGUUGAGAAAUUUGGAAAGCAGUGACUGGGACGUCCUCAUUGCACACUUUCUGGGAGUUGACCACUGUGGCCACAGAUAUGGACCUGAUCAUCCUGCAAUGGCGGACAAGCUCAACCAGAUGAAUGAGAUGCUGAGGUCAGUGAUUGACCGGGUGCAAAAUGAUACACUGUUGGUGGUUCUGGGGGAUCAUGGGAUGACGAGCACUGGCGAUCAUGGAGGUGAAAGUGAGGCGGAAGUCAAUGCAGCAUUAUUUAUUUACAGCCCACUGCCACUGUUCAUGUCGGCGUUACCAAGGGACCCAGAAGUUGUCUCUCAGAUCGACAUGGUACCAACUCUGGCUCUUUUGCUUGGUGUUCCCAUUCCAUACAGUAAUAUUGGCAUGGUGAUGGCAGACAUGUUUACUGCUGGAGCAAUACCACAUGGCAUAAAUCAUCAUAAACUGGCUAAAGCACUUCAAAUUAAUGCAAUACAGGUGAACAGGUUUUUGGAAUCCUAUUCUCACGUUGCCAAAGAUCUCCCAGUGGAAAAGCUGGAACAGCUAAAGGCAUUAUUUUCCAAGGCGAUGGCUGAAUAUAAUAACCUGAUAACAGGGCUGGGACCUUCUGAAAACACUACCCUCGAACAAGAUCUUUUAAGGUUUCAGAAGCUGUCAUCUGUCCUGCAGUGGUACUUAAAGGCGACCAGGGAAAUGUGCCAAGAAUCAUGGGCACGAUUUAAUGUCUCACACAUGCUGUUUGGUGUUGCACUUCUAGCCGCUGCGUGCCUGCAAUGUUUCCUCAUAUCUGAAAUCGCUUCAAUAUUCAAAACCUUAUACAAAGAGCUGCUUUUGUAUCCAGUAAUCUGGGGCCUGGCCUCAGGAUUGAUGUUUUGUCUCUGGGGGCUGCUAUCUGGCACAGUGGUGAACCCUCUGAUAAUAUGUUGCUGGAUCGCUGCCGGGUCACACCUGGGCUUCCAUUGGCACCUCUGGAGAUCUAACAAUCACAUUUCAAAUAAACUGACCCAAAUUUCCAAUUCUCCGACUCAACAGAAAUGGAAAAGUUGGUCAAAACUCUCAGGAGCCUUAGGAAUUCUGCUCCUGAGGUGCACAGCUAUGUUCUCCAAUAGCUUUGUAGUAACUGAGGGACAAGUUGUGUCAUUCCUUUUGAAAUCUAUUGUGACUUUUACAGUAGUGAAGCUUAAAUGGGAGGGUAAAUUUACAAAUCCUAGCCUGAACACACCAUUUGUGCCAGAGACUCAGAAAAACCCUGCGUCAGUUUCCUGUAGGCGAGAAUGUUUUUACUUACUUGGGUUCCUGGUUGCCUUCUUUCUCUGUGUUAUCUUCUCCAAGAGCUUUUAUAACUGUCGUGAAGAGCUAAUGAACUGUGAGCCCUCCCCUUUCCUCAAACCUUUGUCCAGUUUAAAGUACAGUCAAGAAAGGAAUUUCCAUUAUAUCCUAUCUAUAUCGUCACUUGCAAUCCUGGUCUACCUCAUACGAAAAUGGUUCCUUCAUUAUGGAAACCUCAACAGCUCCCAUCUACUCGUGUUGUUUGUCCGUUUGGGCUUCCCACUUAUUGUACUUUGCUUGUGCGGCUUUUGGGCUGUGAAUGCUGCUCCAGAAGAAACUUCCGUUAAGCUCCAAGAUCUGAUAAAGGAGAUUGUAGUGGUGGUUCCAGGUAUUGUUUGUGGACUGGUUGUGACGGGCUUCCUAAUAGUCCUGUGGAACCCGAUCACUGUGUUUGUGAAGGACAGCAGGCAGUCUGAUGAAACUCUCAUUACUUCAUACAAAGGUUCUUCUAGAGUGGAAGAUGACUCCCUGCAUGUAAUCCCACAGAUAUACCGUAAAAUGCAGCAAUCGAUGAACGUUCAUUUUAGUGGCAACUACGAUGAGAAGCCAACAGUGACCGCUUACGGCUUAGGGACAGUGUACUCUGCUGCCCUCCUCACAGUGCUCACUCUGUUGACGCUGUUGCUGAUAAUGCUGCACAAUGAGAGAAUGGCACUUGCAUUCCUACUGCUGUUCUUGGAGGGAUUUUCUUUCCUUGAAAUACAUGGGACAGCGAGGAACCUUUCAGUGGCGGCCAGUAACUUGGGAUAUUUUACUGUUCCUUGGUAUGCAGUUACAGCCUGGGCUUUUUCAGCUACACAGUUCUUUUACGCAACCGGCCACCAACCAACGUUCCCAGCGAUCCACUGGAAUGCUGCUUUUGUUGGAUUCAGUGAAGGACACACCUCCAACAUAUUGCCAGCACUCAUGGUGGGAAUGAACACAUUUGCUUCUCAUAUUUUGUUUGCAGUUGGAUGUCCCUUGCUGCUGCUGUGGCCAUUUAUUCGUGAAGUGCAGAGUUCAAAAAACAAGAAACUUGGACAGGAAUCGGUAGAGGAGGACCAGAUGAUGGAGAUGCGGCUGCGAGAAAAUCCCCACAAGUUUUCUGUUGCUUUACUGCAACUGGGAAUGAGAUACUUGUUUGUCUACGGUGUGCAGCUUCUUGCAUCUGUGUGUGCUGCUGCUAUGCUGAGGAGGCACUUAAUGGUGUGGAAAAUCUUUGCACCAAAGUUUCUUUUUGAUGCUUUGAGCUUUGUUGUGAUGAGUGUGUUUCUUCUUAUCACAUUUUCCUUCAUGAUGCGUGUGGAUGUUGUCGUCAGCAACUGGUUUAAGGAGCUCAUUUUAAAGCAGUCAAGGUAGUGUUAACAUUGCUAUCAAACAGCAACGUAGCAAAGACUGCUGGAGAUGGUUACAGUGUGAGAAUUGCCAACUGAAGUAAAUACUGUAAAAUACAGACCAUACCCUGUGGAAUUCUACCUCCGCUGGACAUCAGGAGUUGCUGUAAAGGAAGCACAGUUCACUAUAUUGCCUUGUAUGCCCAGUGAAACAAUACUAAGUUCCAUUAAACACACUCGUGAAGAAGAGGUUUAAACCACUGUGAAGGAAUAUUCCAACUUUUUGACCGUUUCCCGUUUACAAAAAUUACACAAGUUUUUUGUACUUAUGAAGUGAAAGUGAGUAUUUGGGGAGCUUGCUUUUAACUUCUGAAUUACCAUAAAUGGUUUCAGCGCAUCGCAUGUUGGGCUUUCCACUGUGUUGGUCUGCUGCUUUUAUAUAUCAAAAUCCUUUAUAUGAAUAUUCAAGAGGAGAAAUUUAAAACAAUUUUAUCGCUUUAAUUUGUAUAUUUUGUAUUUCCUGUAAAUUAAUUUAAAACUGUUUCCAUUACAUGGAAUGCAAAGAGUUUAAAGUCUGUAGUUUUUUCUCGAGUACCACCUUCCUAUUACAACAUAUCAAACUGAUUUAAUUAGAAAUUCAUGCCAUUUUUUACGCAGAAAUUUUAAUAUGCAAGUACACUGACAGCUUUUAGCGUGACUGUUACAAAUGACUGGGACUGUAGAUGAUAAAUAUAUAUUGGAGGAAUUCUAUCUGGCAAUCAAAACUGUUAUAACAGGAAGGCACAGCUAAACCAAGUGUACAUACCUGCGUGCAGAAGGAUAAAUAAAGAAUCUGCAAUGAAGUUACUAUAGCUUGGAUUUCAUUUCCUAUCCUCUUGAAAGGUAGUCUUGCUUGAUUCUUUGAUUAGCAAACGGUUUAUGAACACAAUGAUAAGCCAAUAAUUGAUUAGAAAGGAUUAAUUGGGGAUAGUUGCAUUGAUUUAAGGAUUUAGUGUUGGUGUAUCAAACAGUAUAAAAUGUUUUCCCUGUAACCCAAUGAGUACCUGAACAAUGUGUAGAUAAUGAUAUGUAAAGCUGUUUUAUUAGUUCAGUGAUGUACAAAUACUUUUAUCUAUUUCUUUGCAAAUUUCAACUUCAAUCUCUUGCUUUAGAAUUCUGUUAUAUGAGAUUGCUUAUUUUUAUAAUUUUUUUAAAAUCCAAAAAUAAAUGUUCA